AUGGCUAAAGUCACAUUGACGAUAUCAGAUCAGAUUAUUAUGACUCUAUCAUGUGAUCAGUAUCUCUUUUUAAAACCCGUUUGUGAUGGAUUACGAUUUCUACACAUAGGCGAAGAUGAGCUAAUUAAGGGCGACAAGGUGUAUAUAGUCCACAAUGUUAACCAGAAUCAACUGUUGAGACAUAAGAGAGAUUUACCAGGAAUGCCACACGAAUUAAGUUUCAACUUUGUUUAUGAUGAUAAACACAUUCAUUUUAAUCUGACACGGGGCAAGCAGCAUCUAACUACUCCUGUAUAUGUAAUGAAUGAUGGUAUACCAACUCCUACCAAGUCACUAUCCACCGAGCUAGUUUUCAAUCAGAACUCUGGGGUGUAUCGAAGCGACAAUAAUGAUGGUGUGUUUAUGAUUCAGAAAGCAGAUAACGAUCUCAACAAUUAUAUCUUGGGUGGAACAUUUGUCAUCGGUAACAAGGAGUUUACUCUUAAGCCGGGAAAACAUGAAGACGAACAUAAGGGCGUCCAUUAUAUCCAAGAUCAUAGUUUGAUGAAACGUAGUGCUGCUACUGUAGCAAGAGAUCGUGUUGCUAUUAAUUAUGGACAUGAUUGGAAAGAUUUAGAAAUCAGCAAUACUGAAAAUCAGAGGAAGACCCAGGAACCAAUAGAAAACAGUCAUGGACACGCCCAUCAUCACCGCCGAAAACGUCAGGUUGCAUCGCACACAGUCGAAAUAUUCUUUCUUGUGGACUAUUUUGAUUAUCAGAAAUUCUACAUCUACAACAACAAUGAUUCAACAGCAGCCCAGAAUGAUGUCAUUCUUUAUUAUGCUUUUAUUGAGGAAUGUAUGAACGUGAAAUAUGGUACAAUACCAGAAGUAGACGCAAGCUUAUCUGUACAAAUUAAAAGUUCUGGCAUGUUUAUUGCUACCCAAUUUGAUUAUCAAAAAUGGAUUAAUGGUAAUGUUAACGGUGGACAGAUAGAUAAAGAUAAGGCUAUAGUAGCAUUAAGAGAUUAUGUUGGUGAAAAUGCGGAUUACCUACCAGUAUCUGAUCAUAUGAUGGCUUUUACUGGAGGCGAUCUAGAUAAUGCUGCAGGAUAUGCCUAUAUCGGAUCAGUAUGUUCAACUUCUGCAGUGUCACUGGUAGAAAAUAGCUUUGAUGGAUUUUCCUGUGGUGUUGCCGCUCAUGAGCUUGGUCAUUCAUUAAACUGUGUACAUGAUGGUCUUACUGGUACUGGUUGUAGUGAUGAUACAAACAAUAUAAUGGCCACCAUCUUAAAUUUUCCAACUGGUGUCUCAGAUGCUCCCAAUCCUUGGAAAUUUUCAACUUGUUCUGUUGCAGCUAUAAAGAAACAGUUACAAGAUGUCACUUGUACCAAUCCGGAAAACACAUCAGGUCCUAGAGCCUUGUCAACUAACAGCUUACAUUCUGGACAAGUCUAUGAUGCUGACGAACAAUGUAAAAGAAUAUCUAAUGACAGCACUGUGAGGUUUUGUCGUAACUUCUAUUUCUCCAAUCCAUCUUUCGGUGAUAUGUGUUGGGCAAUGUUUUGUGGAAAAGCAGGUGCAUCGUGUACGUAUAACAUUGCUUAUGAGGGGACCAGCUGUGGAGAUAGAAAGUGGUGUGAAAAAGGUCUUUGUGUUGAAAAUAGUAAGGCUCCAAGUCGAUUUGAUAUUUUCGAUAUAAAUGAGCAUCUAAACUCUAAAUUCACUGAGAAAUAUGUGAAUGAGUUGAAAAACUGGAUAUUGAGUGUACCAAGAGCAUUCCAGUUGUCAGUCAACAUGAGCAGAGCAUCAAAAAGCGGUCUUGCAGCUGACAUCGAAAGAAAAUUAGAAAACCAAUACGAUGCUGCUGAUAAAGUUGGUACCCCUGCUGCUGUUAUGACAUGGAUUCAAGCCGUAGUUGGAGAUGAGCACCCAGGAUGUAGUGGAACUGAUUGGAAAUCCAUUAGUGGCCAUUUGAGAGACGGUGUUAUGUUGUGCAAAUUCAUCAACAAAUUAUUAAAGAGUGAAGGCAAAGCUCCAGUCAGUUUCCAGAAGAAAUGUGCAUCUCCAUUUGUUUUCAUGACAAACGUUGAAAACUUCAACAAAGGGGCUGAAACUUAUGGUUUAAAAAAGGAAGAUUGCUUUCAAACAACUGAUUUAACAGAACCACGCAAAGGUCCCUUCCUUAACGUUGUCAACUCACUCCACAGUUUGGGUAGCUAUGCUAACAGCAAAGGUUACGAAGUUACAUAUCUUGGCGUUGAACAGCCUACAUUGGACAGAGAAUAGAUCACAUUUUCUACCUUUUUUUUUUUAUUAUUUAUAUAUAUAUAGUUCAGAAACAGCUCAAUACCAGUACCCUUAUACACAUAAUACAUUAUUUUGGAGGUCAUUUUAAAGCAAAAACACUAUUUAAUACAGCAAUGGGCAAUUUUACUGCAGUGGUGAGCCUUUUGAUAAUGUCUCUUCAAGACCAUUAUCAAAUGAAUUCAACAACAUACCAAAAUGCAAUAGCAUUGAUCAGGUUUUAUACGUUUUCAAAAAGAUCAAAGAACCAUAAGCAAUAGUUCUAGCCCUUAGCAAUUUCUAGAAUUAUUAUCCUUGUUUAUACAUCUGUCCUUUUAGACACAAACUAUCCUUCCAAAUUUAUUACCUGAAUGUAUUAUCUGCUUUGGUUAUUUUUUUAUUUCAUGUAAUUUUUUUUAUUUAUUUCAUGUGCCAAAGAGUAAUUUUUAUAUUAAUUAAUGCUAUAAAUGUAUAUUGGAAGUCAAUAAUGAUCAUAACCCGAAACAAUCUGCACUGGUAUUUUACAUCAUAAUGUACUCUUUCUUUUCUAUGAUUAAAUGUUAAGAAAAUUCAGUUGUUAUUCAAAAAGGAGAAGGGAUGAUGUGGGAUAUUGAACAAAUAUCAUAUAUAUAUACAAAUACUUGACAUGACAUCAUUAGCCACUUUUCUUGUACAACAGAGUGUAGUGAUGAAAAUAGAUCAUAUGCUAACAAAUACAGCCAAUCAGAGUCCUCAAC